AUGGGGAGCCAGAUCUGUGCCUUCGCUCCAAAGCGAGGUGUUAAGGCGCCGUCGGCGGCGAAGAAGAAACAGGCUAUGCAGGAGAAGGUGGCGAACCCUUUGUUCGAGAAGCGACCCAAGCGUUUGGUAUUGAAGGUGCGCUGCCCCCUAAAGGGGACAUACUCGGUUCGUGAAAUGGCUGAAAGUGGUCCAGAUUCAGAGGAGAAAGUUCCUCCUGCGUUGAACCAGUUCAUCAAGACCCUCGACAAGAACCUUGAGUUUUGUAGUGGGUUGAAUUUAUGUCAGUUGUCACACAAUAUGGUGCAUAGCAGUUGUGGCGUUCAUUUGGUGAAUUAUUCUUGGCUCAAAGCUGAUCCAUGUAUUGAUGCUAUAAUUGAAAUGGCUGACUUUCUGACGGAUUGUCCACAAAAAACUGCAUCUGUCUUGUGUUUAACAGAGUCGAGAAUGAAGAUAAAACUGGAGUUCAGCAGGAUCUUAGAGGCGUUUGAUCUCUACAUGACGCUCUUGGCCAACUUCAAUGAUAAAUUGAUAAGUAUGGCAAAUGCAGGAAAGUGGGGAGGUGCAAUCAUUUCCAAAUCCCAGUUUUACUCUUUUGCAUAUCGCGAUGGAAUUGAACUUUACGGUGAUGUCUUGGGAAUGAAAUUGGCUUGCUGGUGCCAAUUGAUUGCUCGUGCUGCGACCUUGUGA